AAACCAGUUUUUAGAAGCCCUAGGCGAGAGAAACUGGUUCUAAAUUAUUUAAAAAUGGGUAAAAUUAAUAGCAAAACACAACCUAAAGAUGAACUUGUGUGCAAAGACUGGAAAUAUGUUGAAAAAUUAGACAAAACCAAAAUACAACAUUUAGACACAUGGAUAAGUAAGUUCUAUUUCCAAGGCCAACUAAAUAGUCAAAAACUGAUAGAGUUGAAAGAUAACAUUAAAACCGCAACGAAACAAAACAGCAAGCUCAUGACUAACCUUGGUUUAGAUGACAUAGAUUUCUGGAUGCAAAUAGCCUUGAAGAGAGAAAAAGGCACAUCAGCCAGACGUGCCAAGGCUGUGUUGUUUUCUAGGAAAGAGGAUGACGAUGACUGUGUGUAUCGUGCAACAGGCAGGCAGGAAGACACGCUUCGGCAUGCAGGUGACGCAGCGYUUCCUCCUUCUCAGUUAGUGCCAGAAAUAGACACUGACAGAAAACCAAACACAGUAGCUCAGACAGAGCAGAGCGCUGCAGCAGCGACAUCACCUUCUUUAUACCCAGAUCUUGCACGCCUUGGUACAGGACCCCCUCCAGACUAUGACCUAACUACUAUAGCCACACCUCACCGGACUAGACAAUUUGUUAAAGAUGCAGGAAAGGUGUUUCAGUGGGACAAAACUUUACAUGGUGGARUUGGACGCGUUGUGACUGAGACUACGGUAACUACACCUGACUCGACUGACACUUUUCCUAUGAUUGAGGUCCCCAACCCGAAUGCUGUAGGGGUUAAUGACCGGACAAUGUUGGUGUUUCGGACUUGGACAACAGAUGACAUUAAAAAGGCAGUUGCAGGUGUGACUCCAGUUAAAGAGGAUGUUGGUAGAUUUGUGCAAGACAUGGAAGGCUUGAGACUGUCUUAUCAUUUAAAUGGUGUAGAGGUUCAGCAAGUUUGGAUGACAGCUUUAGCAUUGGACUGGCAUCAUGUGGUGGCYGACUGGUCACCCAAUGACGCAACGGGUGCUCCCUUGGCCCAUAACUCCCAGGACUUAAAACGUAGAGUGGAAGAACUCAUUGACAGAACGACUAAACGUUUC